AUGCUUCCAGACAUCGGCAAGCGUGAGCCAUGCAAAGGACCGAGAGAUUACAAGGAUUUGACGUCCGUGGUAGACCUGAGCAUGAUGCGAGAACACGUUCAAUCCAUUCGGCAGGCCAACUUCGACACUAUGACUUACGAGGGAUGCGGCUAUGUUUGCCGAGGUUCCAUUCGGACAGACGGUUUCUGCCUACAUCUGUCGGCUUUCAAGUUGAGGGAACUGCGUCUUGCCCUUUCGAACCACAUCCACAGUCAGGGAAUAGAUUAUUACUUGACCGAGGCCCGAAACAUGGUGAAGAUCCAGCAGGAUGUCACUAGCCUUUGGAUUAAAUCAAGGUUCCAGGUCUCGAUCUCAGCCAAGCCUGUAUAG